UACCAUCUCCAUUGGACUCUGUUCUGUUGUUGGAUUUGUGCUGAUGCAAUGAAGUGAAUGUGCUCAUGUAUUUGCCUGUUUGCCAGAAUCGACACUUCCAGGAACUUGCCAUAUCAGAUGUACAUCGCUGCUCAGUGCCAUUCGCACUGUGCCUCUCGACAUUCCCUGUCUUGUGUGGAAGGAACGUUGGGUAGAGAAUCGAUGGCUACCUUGAAAUCAUCAAUGACCAGAAGAAUCUACGUCCAUUUUGAGACCAAGGAGCAACUUGUGGAGGAAGGCACCAUCCCUCUCUUUCCGAGUUCAUUGAUAGGGUGGGCAGAUUUUGAAUUUUCAGGGGUAAGUUUGAGUCUAAAUUGUUCGUACUCUUAAAUUAAGAUGCAAUCAAUUCACAGUCCCAUCAAGGACCUUCGCACUUAUAAGACUAGGAUUUCCCGUUGAGCUCCUUGAGGAGAAAGGGGGGCUUCGAGGCUAUGAAAUUCGGAUCACUUAUGGUUAAUUUCCUAUAAAAACACUCCCUCCUUCCUGAGCCUCUUAAAUCGUCUGACCUGGUAUAACAGGGAAUGAC